CUUCCCCUCCGGCCCGGGCCGUCGCCAUUGCCGAAGGCUCCCUGCCCUCCCCUGCCGGCGCCCGCGGGGCUCGGCUGCCGCUCGGCCUAGCGGUAGCAGCGGCUGCGCUCCAGCGCGGCUUGUCUUCCCGCCCCGCUUCCCCUUCCGUCCCCGCCUGCCCCGCGCCGCGCGCUUGCCCGGGGCGGCUCCGGAGCCCGCCGGGAGCUCGGACCGAGGCGCCUAGCUGGGGCGGGGACCUUUCCUCGCCUGGGGCCGUAUCAUAAUUCCAAAUCAUGUCUGAUAACGGAGAACUGGAAGACAAGCCUCCAGCACCUCCUGUGCGAAUGAGCAGUACCAUUUUCAGCACCGGAGGCAAAGACCCUUUGUCAGCCAAUCACAGUUUGAAACCAUUGCCCUCUGUUCCAGAAGAAAAAAAGCCCAGGAAUAAAAUCAUCUCUAUAUUCUCAGGCACGGAGAAAGGAAGUAAGAAGAAGGAAAAAGAACGGCCAGAAAUUUCUCCUCCAUCUGAUUUUGAGCAUACCAUUCAUGUUGGCUUUGAUGCGGUUACUGGAGAAUUCACUGGCAUGCCAGAACAGUGGGCUCGAUUAUUACAGACCUCUAACAUUACCAAACUAGAGCAAAAGAAGAAUCCUCAGGCUGUGCUGGAUGUCUUAAAGUUCUAUGACUCCAACACGGUGAAGCAGAAAUAUCUGAGCUUUACUCCUCCUGAGAAAGAUGGCUUCCCUUCUGGAACACCAGCACUGAGUACCAAGGGAUCAGAAACUUCUGCAGUAGUAACAGAGGAAGAUGAUGACGAUGAAGAGGCUGCUCCUCCUGUUAUUGCCCCACGACCGGAUCAUACAAAAUCAAUUUAUACACGGUCUGUAAUUGACCCUAUUCCUGCACCAGUUGGUGAUUCUAAUGUUGAUAGCGGUGCCAAGUCUUCUGACAAACAGAAAAAGAAGACCAAAAUGACAGAUGAAGAGAUUAUGGAGAAACUAAGAACUAUUGUGAGCAUAGGUGACCCUAAGAAAAAAUACACAAGAUAUGAAAAAAUUGGGCAAGGGGCUUCUGGUACAGUUUUCACUGCUACUGAUGUGGCAUUGGGACAGGAGGUUGCUAUCAAACAGAUUAAUUUACAGAAACAGCCAAAGAAGGAAUUAAUCAUUAAUGAGAUUCUGGUGAUGAAAGAAUUAAAGAAUCCCAACAUAGUUAACUUCUUGGACAGUUACCUGAUGGGAGAUGAACUGUUUGUGGUAAUGGAGUACCUAGCUGGGGGAUCACUUACUGAUGUUGUGACAGAGACCUGCAUGGAUGAAGCACAGAUCGCCGCUGUCUGCAGAGAGUGUUUACAGGCAUUGGAGUUUUUACAUGCUAAUCAAGUGAUCCACAGAGACAUCAAAAGUGACAACGUGCUUUUGGGGAUGGAAGGAUCCGUUAAACUUACCGACUUUGGGUUCUGCGCCCAGAUCACCCCUGAGCAGAGCAAGAGAAGUACCAUGGUUGGAACGCCAUACUGGAUGGCACCAGAGGUGGUUACACGGAAAGCUUACGGCCCUAAAGUGGACAUAUGGUCUCUGGGUAUCAUGGCUAUUGAGAUGGUAGAAGGAGAGCCUCCAUACCUCAAUGAAAAUCCCUUGAGGGCUUUGUACCUGAUAGCAACUAAUGGAACUCCAGAACUUCAGAAUCCAGAGAAACUUUCCCCAAUAUUUCGGGAUUUCUUAAACCGUUGUUUGGAGAUGGAUGUGGAGAAAAGGGGUUCGGCCAAAGAAUUGUUACAGCAUCCCUUCCUGAAACUGGCCAAGCCCUUGUCCAGUCUGACACCACUGAUCAUGGCAGCUAAAGAAGCAAUGAAGAGUAACCGUUAACAUCAUUGUCGUGGCCUCGUGUUCUUUCUUCCAUUUUCUAAAAGAAAUCUUUUAAUAUAUGAAAAUGAUUACUCUUUUGGGGUUUAAAGAAAUGGUCUGCAUAACAUGGAGGAAAAAGCAAACUACUACUUCCUGAAGACAGCCAAGAGAAAAUUGCAAAACAGAAUGACAGCCUUCUAUUGACUCCCUUCUUUAUAGGGUCCAAAAGGAAUUGCAGACUGAAUCACUAGCCUUAACUUCUUUCAGCAGACAGCCCAUCAGGGCCAUUUUAUAGUGUUUGAGAUUUGCAUUUUAUUUUGCUGACUUCAUCAUAAUAGAUCCCAUUCAUUGUCCCUUUUGGGGAGUAUUUUCAAUACUUGAAUGGCAGAUUCGAGUUUUUCAGAGUAUUUGUUUCAUCUGCUGGUCAUCUUUUCUCUCUUCUUCAUAGCCUUCUUUUUCCUUGCCUUGCUCCUUUGAGUUGCUUUGAGAAAUUUUUCUUGUGCCUAAAUUGAAGACAGAUGUAAUAAAAACUAUGUAGCUCCUUAUAUUGGCAAAGGAGCUCAAAAUCGGUUAGCUAUGUAUAGAAGUUAGGGCCAGCUUUUACUACCUGUAGUAUUUCAGUUCAUAAUUUGAACUGAAGGAAGGGAAGAAAAAUACGUGAUUUUUACCUUUUUAAACAAAUGUGAAAGAGUCAAUUUUAGAAAUUUCCUGGUAGUGAGUUGUUUGGCAUUUGUUACAUGUAUAGAGAGACUAAUAAUCUAUAUUUAUAACUAAAUCAUUGAGACAGAAAAAGAAUCCCAUUCAUUAUGCAUCCUUACAAUUUUGUUUCUUUUCUGACUGUGUCCUCUCCAGAUUGGGCUUCAGGAACCAAAGUGAUUUUUUCUUUCUUGUCCAAAUUGGGCUUUGUGACUGGUUGCUACCGCUACUUUGCCCUUUCUCCUUUUACCUUCAUUUUGGAAAUAAGUUUCUGUAUAUGUUGUAAUUUUAGUUAGUUUGUUUUUUAAUUAACCCUCUCUCACCCCUCCUCCUCUGGUAAAUAAUAUAAUAACCAUUGAAUUUUCAGAAUUUAAAAGUUAAGUUUUUUCCAUUUAAAGGAGAAAAAUACUUGGAGCUAGCAGAAACAAAGUGAGAGGCUAGAACUUCAGUGAGCUCUAAAAUAAUUAGAUAAGAUUAUAUUCAUGAAAGAGAAAUGACGGUUACAUAGAGAUGCAGCUUCUGACCAGUAAAUUGUAGAGAUUUGUUAUAAACAUUGUUUCCGGCCCAUAACCAAGAUUUUACUAUGUAUGAGAACUUAAGUCACUUAAGUACUUGAUAAAUUCGUGGAUUAUUUGAGAUGUUGAGUUACUUUAGAUUUUUUUCAAAAAUAAGUGUGUAAAAAAACUGGAGAAGAAAAAUGAAAUGUGCUUGUUAAUAGCAAUACUUUUUUUAUUUUAAAAAUUUGAAGAGGGUCUGUGACCUGUAGCAUUAGUUAUGAGAGUAUCCUUUCUUCUCCACCCCCCCCCCUGGUCUCUUUUCUCUCCUUAUAUUUUGUUAUUCUGCUUGUGGAAGCGGUGUCAUCCCUUCUGACAUGCCACAAGCCGCAUAAAAGAAAAAAAAUCUGGUUUGGUUCAGACGGUUUGUUCCCCACUACCACUUAUCAUUAACUUCACACCUAUUUGCCAUCCUGCAGUAGUACAGGUCAUGAAUAAAAAUAAUUUUGAUAUUUUGGAAACAUUAGGGGAACGAAUAGUGUUUUAUUUCCUAUCUUUUUCAUCACAUCUGUGUUAAGAUAUAAGGAUAGCAGUGGCUGUUUUUUAUUGAUAAUGCAAGAAGGUUUUCAUAAGACUGAGUAAAAUAGUGAAACUUGUAUCUAGAGCACUUAAUGGUCUCUAUUUUCAGUUUGAUUCUGGAUUUCAUUUUUCUCUGGAUUAUUUUGGCCACUUGCAGCUAUUACUAAAUUACAGAAACAGGCUGGUGUAUUUCUGAUGAAAAUCUGCAGUGCCUCUUGAGUUUCCGAUUUGAACAUUCUAUGUCAGUAGUUGUUUGGAUGGAUUACGAUAAAGAAGAUGCUACCAAUGAAAUAGAAAACCAACUAGAUGCUAAGACUGAUCGUCAUGAUCAACUCUAGAAGGCCCUUCCCUACCUAUGUCAUAAAGACCAUGUUCUUUGAAUACAGUGCCAAUGCCCCAUUUUUAUGCCUGUGACUCAACAAAGGUCUUUUCAGUUUAUAGAAGCAGUUUGGGAUUUGUAUUUACAACAACUUUGAGGGUUACCUGCACGUCCAUUGCUGGCAACGGACUUUGUCAUUAAAACCUGACUCCUAGGUUAAGGGAGCUACACUGUGGUUUAUUCUUUACUUACUUGGAUAAACUAACUUGUAAUAGCAAUGUACUUUGGUUAAUUCUGAAAUGUGUCAUUUUCGAACAAAAUAAUCCUAAAGGCAAUAUGGAAUUGUGAUUUAUUAGUUAAUUUUAAAUUAAAAUGUUCAGAUCUUGUUGAAAGAAAAA